AUGGCCGCCGCUUUCGAUGAGGAAGACCUCGCUGUUCCCCUCCCUUCAGACCGUGACCGUCCGCGUGAACGUUCUAGGGCUCCGACAUCGAACCCCUCCGCCAUGGCAAUGCCCCCGCCGAGGCCGACCGGCAAGGCCGAGGAUCCAUUGCAGUCGCCAUCGACAAUGCGAGAUAUGCAACGCCUCGAUCAAUACCAGACUCUGAAGGUUUUGGGUGAGGGGUCCUUCGGCAAGGUCAAGCUUGCAAUUCAUCAGCCAAGUGGACGUCAGGUUGCUCUGAAGAUCAUCUCGCGACGCAAGCUACUAUCCCGAGAUAUGGUCGGCCGUGUGGAGCGCGAAAUUCAGUACCUGCAAUUGCUGCGGCAUCCUCACAUCAUCAAACUGUACACGGUGAUUGCGACCAAGACCGAUAUUGUGAUGGUGCUGGAAUACGCCGAGCGAGAGUUAUUUGAUUAUCUCGUGAGGAAAGGAAGGUGUGGUGACGACGAAGCUCGCAAAUUCUUCCAACAAAUAAUAUGUGCAGUGGAGUACUGCCAUCGACACAAAAUCGUGCAUCGUGACUUGAAACCCGAGAACUUGCUUAUCGACAACCAGAAGAACGUGAAGAUCGCCGAUUUUGGAUUGAGCAAUAUUAUGACGGAUGGCAAUUUCCUCAAGACUAGUUGCGGUAGUCCGAACUAUGCUGCACCGGAAGUUAUCUCUGGAAAGCUCUAUGCCGGCCCCGAGGUGGAUGUGUGGAGUUGCGGUGUGAUCUUGUACGUGUUGUUGGUUGGGCGGUUGCCUUUCGACGAUGACUACAUUCCUGCGCUUUUCAAGAAGAUCGCAGCAGGCACUUUCCACAUUCCCGGAUACAUCUCAUCUGGGGCUGCUCGUUUGAUCCGGGCAAUGCUUCAAGUCCAUCCCGUUCACCGCAUCACAAUCCCAGAGAUCAGAAUGGAUCCAUGGUUCACUAAGAACCUUCCCCCAUACCUCGAGCCGCCUCGAGAGGAGUUCAUCGCACCGGGCGUGGAUCUGAGCAAGGUCGAUUCUGGAAAGUUGGAUAUGGCAAAGCCGCCGCCGGUUCAGAACAAGAUUCAUCGAAUUGCGGUUUCCAAGCUCGAACGAAGCAUGGGAUAUGGCCGGGAGGAUAUUGAAGAAGCGUUGAGACACCCGGAACCUAGCGCGAUCAAGGAUGCCUUCUCUAUCGUUGUGGAGAACGAGAUCAUGCAAACCAAUUCCCCCACAGAAGAUAAUCAUUUGGCCCAAACUGUCCACAAAGGAGGUGCACCUUCAUCUGCAGAGAGGACCGCAGCCCCUCGUCAUGCAACACAACCUACUUCCUCUGUGGAUAGGAGCCGGGGCCUGAGUCUAUCGCGCCGGAGGACAUCGGAGGACCCUCACGCAGACAUUGAGGCAGAGCCUCGACUCAGCCACGUCCGGAUCCUUCCCACGAGUUUGCCUUAUGUUCAUGAUCAACUUAUGGAACAGCGUGACCGGGAUAAGAGAGCUCGCAAUGAAAUCCUUGAGCAGCGCCGUCAAGAGGCCGCCCAUCUCGAAUCAGAGGGACAUGGAUCUACUUACCGGAAUAUGUCUCCCGAAGAACAAGCAGCCACGGCCCGUGCCUUGAAGCCCCACGCACGCAGCGUGGUCGACUUGGACAAGCUGCGAUUCGAACCCCCGACCGGUCAACCCCUCGAGAAACAACCCAAGCGUAGCCGCAAGUGGCAGUUUGGUAUUCGAUCCCGCAAUCAGCCAUAUGAGGCUAUGUUAUAUCUGUACCGCGCAAUUGCCGCCCAGGGUGGAUCAUGGGAUAUCCAACCCGUUGAAUCCGGCACCAAUAUCGGCCCAGAUGCAACCCCCUCCCCCGAUAAACCCAAACCCUUGCAGAGCAAAUAUCCCGACCUUCCUUCCGACUAUUAUAUCCCCAAAGACCCCUGGUUCAUCCGCGCACGCCUAUUGAAAGAAGGCAUAAAAGCCCCCGGAGCAUCCACCAGUGUGUACAACAGCCGCAGCGACCUCGAAGAACUGCGCCGCCGGUUCAACAUCUCGGGUAUAUCUGCCCCGACAGAAGACAGGAGCCGGGAGCAGCAGUCCUCUGCAUCCGACAGCGGUCUCGCCAGCGGCGGCUCCUCCGCCACCGGACCCAGCGCCCUCUCGCAUAUCACCUACGGCGUCUGGGUCUUCCUCGACAUCCAGCUCUACCAACUCGAAGAACACAACUACAUGGUCGACUUCAAGUGUGAUGGCUACCAGAACGUCAUCCGCGCCGAGGGCGACACCGAAUGGCAUCCCAUCAGCAAGCGUUUCAAGAACAAGGAGAAGGAGGUUACCAGCCCCUACCCGUUCCUCGAUGUUGCGUCUGAUCUCGUCGCCCAGCUGGCUGUGGCCAGCUAG